GCAGCCAUGGCAGUCACCACCAUGGUCAUCCCCUUUCUCUCUCCUCAUCCCCUUCACUACCCCUAUUCCUAUUCCUCUCCCCUUCACCAACCUAUGAAAAUAAACAGACCCAAUUCGCAGAGCCUUAUAUACGGGAUUUGAUCUGGUGCAUCACAACUCCAUCAAACAAGGUCUUCAUCCCUCUGAUUGUAUCAUCACCAUCGUUAAUCGUGAAUUUCCAUAUGUUGUUGUUUUCAUGGUUGUUGCUUAUAAGUUUGCGGUGGUGAAUAUGUUGCCAGAAACUGUAACAGUGAUACUAAAAUUGGAGGUGGGGCUGCAUUGAAGACCCGCUUGCCGCGGCUGUUACGGCUGUGCUCCGAUCGAUUUUCGUCUUCCCCUGCUUUUUCCGCCGAUGCACCUCCUCUCCUUCUCAAUUUUUCGGCACCGCCGCAGCAGGGAAAGAGGAGAGGAAGCUCAGAAAAUCAGAGAAGUUGCAGAGGCAGGCACAUGCGAGGUAGGAGACGACAGUAGACAUAUCGAUGGUGUGGCAGGGAUUAGACAUCCAUGGAAGAAGGAGAAAGGGAAGAUCCAUGGAAGAAAGAGAAAGGGAAGAUAAAAGGGGCGAGGAGGAAGCAAUGCCGAAUCGACAAAUAAGAGACCCGGAACAGAAGCAUAUGAUCUCCAAGAAACCUGUGGAGAGCAGCUUAGUGGUUCCACAGGCAUUUAACAAGUCCUCUCAGAGUUCUGGAGAGAGAUUGGAAGAUGCUCCAAAAAAUGCUAAGCGGAGGAGAGGAAGAAGAAAGUCAAAAGGUGCCAUAGUGGAAGAUUUACCUCUUGAUGGCAAACUUGGGUUGCAUGCUGAGCCUCCCACAUCAAAUAAGGGCAUUGUUUUCCAAAAAAGGCCAGGUUUCGGUCAGUUGGGGACUAAGUGUGUUGUUAAGGCGAAUUAUUUUCUUGCUGAGUUAUCAAGGUCGGAUUUAUGUCAAUAUAAUGUUACUAUUACUCCUGAAGUAAAAUCAAGUAAACUGAACAAAGCUGUCAUGGCUGAGCUGGUAAAGCUUCACAGAGAAACUUACUUGGGUGCUAAACUUCCUGUUUAUGAUGGAAAGAAGAAUCUUUACACUGCUGGACUUCUACCAUUCACGACGAAAGAGUUCAAGGUUACAUUGGUUCAAGAGUGUGAAGGGUUUGAAUCAACAAAGAAAAAUGAAUUCGAGGUUCAAAUCCAGUUUGUCGGUUUUGCUCGAAUGCAUGAACUACAUGAGCUUCUAGCAGGUAAACACGUUAAAGCACCUCAAGAAGCUCUCACAGUCAUUGAUACAGUCCUGAGGGAAAUGGCCGCAAAAAGGUAUUUACCGUUUGGAAGAUUAUUCUACUCUCCUGAUAUUCAAAAGCCUCAUCAACUCGGUGGUGGUUUACACUCGUGGCGUGGCUUUUAUCAGAGUGUAAGACCCACACAGAUGGGAUUGGCCCUGAAUAUUGAUAUGUCAGCGAGCGCAUUCAUUGAAGCACUCCCGGUAGUGGAAUUUGUAGCUCAAAUUUUAGGAAAGGAUGUGCGUUCACGACCACUGUCUGAUGCAGAUUCUGUCAAGGUUAAGAAAGCACUUAGAGGCAUCAAAGUGGAGGUUACUCACAGAGGAAAUGUACGGAGGAAAUACCGAGUAUCAGGAUUGUCAGCACAGCCUACCAGGGAGCUAAUUUUCCCUGUUGAUGAGCAAAUGAAUAUGAAGUCUGUGGUUGAGUACUUCCAGGAGGUGUAUGGAUUUUCCAUACAAUAUGCCCACCUCCCUUGUCUUCAAGUAGGGAAUCAAAAGAAAGUGAAUUAUUUGCCAAUGGAGGCAUGCAAAAUAGUUGGAGGACAGAGAUAUACAAGGAGAUUGAAUGAUAAGCAGAUAACUUCUUUACUCAAAGUUACAUGUAGACGACCAUGUGACCAAGAAGCAGAUAUUUUGCAGACAGUUCACCAGAAUGGCUACAACCAAGAUCCCCAUGCACGAGAGUUCGGUAUAAAGAUAGAUGACAAGCUUGCAACUGUUGAGGCCCGUGUUCUUCCUGCUCCAUGGCUGAAGUACCAUGAUUCUGGGAAAGAGAAACAACACUUGCCUCAGCUUGGUCAGUGGAAUAUGCUAAACAAGAAAGUGAUAAAUGGGAGCACAGUGAAUAACUGGGCUUGCAUCAAUUUCUCAAGAAGUGUACAAGAAACUGCCGCUCGUGGGUUUUGUCGUCAGUUGGUGCAGAUGUGUCAAGUGUCUGGAAUGGAGUUCAACCCUGAACCUGUUAUCCCUAUCCAUUCUGCACGACCAGACCAAGUGAAGAAGGCCUUGAGAUAUGUAUGUAAUGCUGCUGCAAGCAAACUUGAUGGGAAGGAGCUGGAGUUGGUUAUUGCCAUUCUACCGGACAAUAAUGGCUCCUUAUAUGGUGAUUUGAAACGAAUUUGUGAGACAGACUUGGGAUUGAUUACACAAUGCUGCCUAACCAAAUAUGUCUUGAAAGUUUCCCGACAAUACUUGGCAAAUCUUUCUUUGAAAAUUAAUGUAAAGUUGGGAGGAAGAAAUACGGUACUUAUGGAUGCUUUGAGUUUGAGAAUUCCAAUGGUUAGUGACAUCCCAACAAUUAUAUUUGGAGCUGAUGUUACUCAUCCUGAAAGCGGGGAAGAUACCAGCCCAUCCAUCGCUGCUGUUGUAGCAUCUCAAGAUUGGCCAGAAGUAACAAAGUAUGCAGGCAUGGUAUCUGCUCAGGCACACAGACAAGAAAUUAUACAAGAUCUUUAUAAAACCUGGCAAGACCCGCAACUAGGAACUGUACAUGGAGGAAUGAUCAGAGAACUUUUGCUCUCCUUUAAAAGGGCCACGGGACAAAAGCCUCUGAGGAUAAUAUUUUACAGGGAUGGUGUCAGUGAUGGGCAGUUCUAUCAUGUUCUACUGUAUGAACUUGAUGCCAUUAGAAAGGCAUGUGCAUCACUGGAACCGGGCUAUCAACCCCCAGUUACAUUUGUUGUGGUCCAAAAGCGUAAUCAUACUAGAUUAUUUCCAAACAAUCACAACGACAAGAGAAGUACUGACAAGAGUGGGAAUAUCUUACCCGGCACAGUGGUAGAUACUAAAAUAUGUCACCCAACCGAUUUUGAUUUCUUUCUAUGCAGUCAUGCUGGGAUUCAGGGAACCAGCAGACCAGCUCAUUACCAUGUUCUGUGGGACGAUAACAAAUUCUCAGCCGAUGAGAUACAAUCUCUAACAAACAAUCUCUGUUAUACGUAUGCUCGCUGCACACGAUCUGUAUCAGUCGUUCCUCCGGCAUAUUAUGCUCAUCUGGCAGCUUACAGAGCUCGAUUCUACAUGGAACCUGAUAGUUCUGAUAGUUCAGGGGGGUCACAUAAUUCGCGCACAAGCAAAGGUCAAAACGUCAGACCAUUGCCAGAAUUGAAGGACAAGGUCAAGAAUGUAAUGUUUUACUGCUAAGCAUAGGUUGACAGUAGAUCAGAAUGUGUAUAGUUCUCUUGUAAUUAUAGUUGUAGUGACUAGUUAAAUAGUGCAUAACAAAUUUUGAUAAGUUAUGAUAAGCUUUUUUCUAGUCCUUCGAUUA